GGAUCGAACCCAGGUCUCCAGCAUUCUUUAUGGACUGAGCCACCAGGGAAACCCGGUAAUAAAUCAGUAAGAAGCAAAAGUUUACAAUCACUCAGUGAAAAGUAUCAGGUCUAAGGUCAACAUAAAUGGGAGCCACAUAUGAGCAGCUCUCCCUCCUCCACUAAGAGUGAAAAAUGAACAAAUCCCAGGAGCAAGUGUCAUUCAAAGAUGUAUGUGUGGACUUCACCCAGGAAGAGUGGUACCUGCUGGAUCCUGCUCAGAAGAUAUUAUACAGAGACGUGAUCCUAGAAAAUUAUAGCCACCUUGUCUCAGUAGGGAAUUGUAUUACUAAGCCAGAAGUGAUCUUCAAGAUCGAGCAAGGAGAAGAGCCUUGGAUACUAGAGGAGAGAUUCCCAAAACAGUACCGCUCAGAAGACUGGAAAGUUGAUGACCUAAUAGAGAGCACCCAGGAAAAUCAAGAUGAACAUUUUUGGCAACUUGCUUUCACCAGCAACAAAACAUUAAGUACAGAUAGUGGUGACAGAGUAAGGAAAACUUUAAAUCUAGGUACAGACUCCAUUCCUUCAAGCAAUUUUCUAUAUAAAAUAUGUGAUUCAUGUGAAGUGAGUUUGAAAAAUAUUUCAGGCUUAAUUAUUAACAGAAAGAACUAUUCUAGGAAGAAGCCUGAUGAGUUUAAUGUAUAUGAGAAAUUGCUCCUUGAUAUUGGGCAUGACAAAACUCCUCCUGGAGGGAAAUCUUAUAAUCAAAACAAGAAUGUCCUCAAUCAUGGACAGGAUCUCACUCAGUCAAUUUUUGACCAGCCUUUUGAGUAUAAUGAAAAUGGAAGAGGCAAACAUGGAGAGGCAGCCUUUUUCACAAAUAAGAAAGUUCAGAUAGGAGAGACACACUGUAAAUAUAAUGAAUGUGGAAGAACCUUCAUCCAAAGUUUGAAGCUCAGUUUAUCUCAGAGAACUCAUUUUGAAAUGGAGCCAUGUGAAUGCAGCGUUUGUGGUAAGUCCUUCUAUAUGGAUUUAAGAUUGGGACAUCAGAGAGCUCUUAUGGGGGACAAUCCUUAUGAAUAUAAUGAAUAUGGGCAAAUUUUCUGCGACAAUUCAGCUUUCGUUAUCCAUCAGGGAACUUACACAAGAAAGAUUCCCCAUGAAUAUAAAGUCAGUCACAAAACUUGGGAAAAGUCAGCUCUCUUUAAACAUCAGAUAGUACACAUGGGAAAACCUUAUGAGCACAAUGAAAAUGGAAAUACUUUCAACAAGAAGUCACAUCUCACCCAACUUCGAAGAGCUCACUCAGGAGAAAAAACUUUUGAGUGUGGUGAAUGUGGGAAAACAUUCUGGGAGAAGUCAAACCUCACUCAGCAUCAGAGAACACACACAGGAGAGAAACCCUAUGAAUGUACUGAAUGUGGGAAGUCCUUUUGUCAGAAACCACAUCUUACCAACCAUCAGCGAACACAUACAGGAGAAAAACCCUAUGAAUGUAAGCAGUGUGGGAAAACAUUCUGUGUGAAGUCAAACCUCACCGAACAUCAGAGAACACACACAGGGGAGAAACCCUAUGAAUGUAAUGCAUGUGGAAAAUCCUUCUGCCACAGGUCAGCCCUAACUGUACAUCAGAGAACACACACAGGAGAGAAACCCUUUAUAUGUAAUGAAUGUGGUAAAUCCUUCUGUGUGAAAUCAAACCUCAUUGUACAUCAAAGAACUCACACAGGAGAGAAACCCUACAAAUGUAAUGAGUGUGGGAAAACCUUCUGUGAGAAAUCAGCUCUCACUAAACAUCAGAGGACUCACACAGGGGAGAAACCCUAUGAGUGUAAUGGAUGUGGGAAAACCUUUAGUCAGAGGUCAGUACUCACUAAACAUCAGAGAAUUCACACAAGGGUGAAAGCUCUUUCAGCAUCCUGAACAUUAAGAAGCCUUCAUCCACACUUUCAAAUAUGUUAUACAGGUUUUUAAAAUGAGAUGAAUGAAACCCAAAGAAUAUCACAAAUUCCUUUAGAGAGUGAGGUUUUGUUGUAAUUCAGAUAAUUAGUACUAGAAUAAAACCUUAUUCAUGUUUUGAAUAUGUAAAAGCUUUCCAAAAAAAGUAAAACUUUUCAUCAGAAAAUUUAUAUUGAAGGGAAAUUCAAUUACAUAAUAUGGUGGAAAAAAACACCUUUGUCUAGAAUUUAUGUUGUAUAGUAGUGCCAUAUUCUGGAUGUGAUACAGAAAUUUUAUUGUUGUUAAUAUAAUAGAUGAUACUCAUUUACAGUCAUAUUCACAGUGGAAUCUGAAGUUUAAAGACGUUAAAUGACAACAGCAUUAAACAUUUAUAUGAAGAGUCCUUGAUGUUUGCAGGCCUUUUGUGGGUAUGCUAAUAUCAUAGAAAUUUGAGGUAUUCUUGAUUGGUAUAUUAGAGCCUAACAUGCUUAUGAAGAGAAAAUCUAAACUCUUAAUUAACUGUUAUAGUCUAUAUUAACAUUUCCCACACUAGAUACCAUCAAUGUCUUUUUAGGUUGUAAUAAUUAUGUAUAUAUGUAUAUGUAAAUGUAUUUAUACACACUUACCAAUACACAGUGAUGUGCUGCAGUAAGUUUAUACUAACUUGCAAGCACUGCUGAUAAAUUUUCAGGAAUUUUAUGAGCCAGUUGUUAAACACAGUCAUUAUUUUAAAGUUAAAGUAUUAAUUUACAGUUAAAUAAUAUUAAAAAAACAAAAGUAAUACAUACUCAACACUCAUCGUUUCCUAAUUAUUUCACAGCGUUUUGCUAUUAUCUUUGUUCUUUAGGUUAUCUAUAUUGUUAAAUCAGCAUGGUGAAUAUUAUAUAAUGAUGUAGUACUAUACAUCUGUGACCAGCCCUAUGUUCAGUGCCAUCGUGUUGGUAGUGUGGCAUUAGUGGGAGUAUUUACAGUGGUACAUCACUGUGUAUAUAUGAAAAUACGUUUGGCAAACUUAAAAUACUAGCCACAUACCCCUUCUCCCAUUUCCAUAGAUAAAUGACUCUCUCCAUUACUGCUGAAUGGCCUCUUCAAAAAAGAAGCCAAAAUAUGUUUUUUGGGAGGUUUUUAACUACCUAUGCAUCAAUCCUAUUUUCAGUACUACCAGAGACUCUGUGAUGUCGCCAGUAUAUGCUGUUUUACUACCUGUUGCUUACCUUUCUUCUAAUUUUGCUGGCAUAUGUGAAUGAGUAUGGCCAUUAUUACUGAGCUUCCACUUCAAUAAAAAGGCCAAACAAUAAUUUCCUGAGGUUAUUCAGCUGCCUUGGGUCAGUCAAUACUGUGAAUGCUGUUAAUAACAAUGAUAAUUACAUAAAUUUUGCAAAGGUUAACAUCAGUUAUGAACAGUAAUGCUCACAGUAUUCAGCAAAUAAAAAGUAGUGUUGUAUAAUGAAAUGCUUCUGUCCUACUCUUGGUGCUUUAUUGCUGUAUCUAUUUGGGCAUGAUAUGUGUAACCCAAGUUGUAUGUAACUCAGGAACUAUGUAUUUAAUUUAAUAGAAUGUAAUAUACUAUCUCUCUCUCCUUUG